AUGCAACUUCAGCAACACAUUCCCACCCACACGACAGAGAAGCCGUACAAUUGUGCCACUUGUGGGAAGAGUUUCACCCUCAGGGGAAACAUGAAACGUCACGAGGAGACGCACUUGGAAAAAUCUACCCGGGACAGGUUACAAUGUCAGGUCUGUACUCAGACUUUCUUAAGUAAACUUGCCGUACAACGCCACGUCCGAGCUGUGCAUGAAAAUCGGAAGAAAUAUCCGUGCGAAUUUUGCGACAAGGGAUUCUCUAAGCCAUCAAACUUGGAGGGUCACGUGGAGGCGAAACAUGCCACGAAUAAAGAUUUGAUCCAUUCCUGCGACAAGUGCGAGUACAAGAGUUACUCAAAAUUCAAUUUAGCUUACCACGUGAGACGUCACAAUCCUGCGAAUUUGCGCGAGUGUUACUUUUGCGGGAAGCAGUUUGUCAUGUUCCAAGAAUUGGUUAGACACUCUAAUCGACUUCAUACUCUUGAGGUGUAA